AUGGGCAAAUCGUCCAAAGACAAGCGUGAUGCCUACUACCGCCUAGCCAAGGAGCAAGGCUGGCGAGCCCGCAGCGCCUUUAAGCUGCUGCAGCUCGACGAGGAAUUCGACCUGUUUGCCAACGUCUCUCGCGUCGUCGACCUCUGCGCCGCACCCGGAUCCUGGUCGCAGGUGCUCUCGCGCGUCCUCAUCAAGGGCGAGAAAUUCGGCCGCGCCGCGUGGCAGGACCGCGAGGCCCGUCUGCGGCAGCAGAUGCUCGGCGUGCUCCCCUCCGACUCCGACGAACAAACCCAGAGCGAGCUGCGCCGCAACCUCGCCGCGCAGCACGCCGCCUCGAAGCCCCGCGACGACGUCAAGAUUGUGUCGAUUGACCUGCAGCCCAUUGCGCCGCUGGCGGGCAUCACGACGCUGCGCGCCGACAUUACCCAUCCCGCCACGGUCCCGCUGCUGCUGUCCGCGCUGGACCCGGACUAUGCGCGCGACGGCGGCGACGGCAAGGCGACUACCCCCGUGGACCUGGUGCUGAGCGACGGCGCGCCCGACGUGACGGGCCUGCACGACCUCGACAUCUACGUGCAGUCGCAGCUGCUCUUCGCGGCGCUCAACCUGGCGCUGUGCGUGCUCAAGCCGGGCGGCAAGUUCGUGGCCAAGAUCUUCCGCGGGCGCAACGUCGACGUGCUGUACGCGCAGCUCAAGAUCUUCUUUGAAAAGGUCGUCGUCGCGAAGCCGCGGAGCAGCCGCGCGAGCAGCGUCGAGGCCUUUAUCGUGUGCGUGAAUUUCAGGCCGCCGCCCGGGUUCCGCGCGAGCCUCGAGGAGCCGCUGGGCGUCGGGGAGCGGCUGAACACCAUGGUCGAGGCGCGCCAGCGGCAGAUGCCCGUAGUGGCGGCGGGCAGGAUGCAGGAUGCGGCCAGGGCGACGUGGGAUUGCGCGGUGGGCGGCUGCGGACACGGGCUCGACUACGAUGCGGUGGAGGAGAGACCCGUGUAUGAUGACGGCGACGACGAGGCGACGGACACGAUGCGUACGGCGACGACGGACCCGAGUAAGCGCUGGAUUGCUCCGUUUAUUGCGUGCGGCGACUUGUCCGCGUUUGACUCGGACGCUUCCUACACGCUGCCCGAGGACUAUGUCUCCCUGGAUCCGGUGCAGCCGCCGAUUGCGCCGCCGUAUAAGCGAGCGAUUGAGAUGCGGGCUGCCCUGUCCAAGGCCGCUAGAUAA